AUGCUUUUUGAUAAGCCGUGUAUUGGCAUGUCCUUCAACAGCACUGGUGAAUAUCUCGCUACUGUUCACAAGGGUGAAAGAGCGAUUUUUGUCUGGGUGAACAAAAAGAUGUAUGCAUCACAUGUGAACAUACGAGCUCUCCCACUGGAUUACAUACCGACGUGGGCAGACUCAUGUGUGGCGGAAAUUGGUGUCAAUACGUAUGUAAUUGACGACGAUAGUGAUGACGAAUGGGACGCCCCUGACCAGCUUAACCCAUCACUUGUGACAUAUUCUGGAUUGGCUCCAUCCCGAUGGGCGAAUCUACCCGACCUCGCACUAAUCAAAGAAAGAAACAAGCCUGAUCAACCCGCGAGAAAGACGAAACAGGCACCGUUCUUCCUGACAGCAGCUCCAACCCUUGAAGGAUUCGAGUUUCAAGUUCCGGAGGAUGAUGAGGAAGAAACGCGACGGACGUUACAAGCUAAGAGAAGCUUACUAGAACUUGAAAGUUCAUUCAGCUCUUCAUUGAGAGCAGCUGACACCAAUGAGGAACUUUUCGAGGUCUUCUCUAGUCUGAAAAAGAUGUCUGUUUCUGCGAUCGAUUUUCAGCUACGAACCUUACCAGCAGACUUAUUGCCCAAGUUUUUCAAAAUGCUUACAGAGGUGCUGAAGACCAGAAAAGACUUCGAGUUGGUGCAAGCCUAUAUGGCAACAGCAAUAAAAAUUCACAGGUCGUCAUUAUGGAAGAAAGAAGAUCAAAGCGAAGGUGUCGAUGAGUUAGUGAAGGUUUUAGAAGAGUUAUCUAUAGAAGAGGAACGGGUGUGGUCGGAUUAUGAUCAAACAAUGGUGCAAAAUGCAGCAGUUGCACAGUGGGUGAAAAAUGCCCUUUUGUAG